AUGAACGAUCAGGAGCAGCAUUUCGAUGAAGUAUUUCCAAGCGGUGUUGUUAUGAGAUCGGGCUUGACCGACCGAAUUGUCAACUCCAAUAUUUGCAACUUAGGAAUCAAUUCAGCAAUUUGGAAAUUUUUACUUUAUAUCUGUGGCCAAAGCGAAGAUUCAGUUCUCACAGAAGAAAACUGGAUCAACAUAGUCAAAGAAAAAAGAAAUCUUUAUCAACAAUAUCAAGAAGAAUUCAAGGAAGUUCCAAAAGAAUCUUAUCAACAAAUUAUAGAAGCUGCAGAAAGAGAUAACGAGCGCAAUAGAGGAGAACUUACUACACAAGAACAACUUGACAUGGCAAAUAUGAUGAUAUAUAUGUAUUUUCACAAACAUAAUUUAACUAUUGAUGAUUACUUCCAAGAAUUUGCAAUCUAUGCAGCUGAAUUAGUUUACAUAUACUCUAAAGAAAUGACUACUACACCAGAUCCCGAAAAUCCUAAUGGAUAUCAAAUAAUUUUCGAUAAAAAUUUCAUUGAAGCAGAUGUUUAUUGGUCUUUUGAAGCAGAACUUAAAGUUCUUGCUCCACUCUGUGAUCAACGUGAUAAUAGAAACGUUAUUAACGCCUUUACAGACAAAAUUUAUCAAUCUGUUACAGACAAAGCUUCAGGAGUAGCAUUAGAGAGAAUUAAAGACCUUGAAAUGGAUGUCGGCUCUUAUUUCUUGAAAAUUUGGAUAAGAAAUCUUUUUGGCAAUAUCUUCGAGAAUCCAGAGGAAGUUUAUACCUUUAUUUUUGCUAGCUUCCCUAAGACAGACUUUAUUUCAAACCUCGCAUGGAUUUGCUUCCACGAAGGUUUAUUUCACCCAGAUGUUGAAAAAAAUAUUCGUGAAAUACUCCUUAAGAGCAAAUUCGAUCCAUUGCUACUUAGAAGAGCAUUUAAGAAGACAAUGCCAAAUCAAUACGGAAAUAUAAGCAAAGAUUUGGGAGCAUUUUUGUCUUCUAUCACUGAAAGUAUUGAAACACAAUACAGAGAAGUCAUUGUUAAGAAUUUGAAAGCACUUAACAACGCAAUUCUUUCAUUUAGCGGACUUGGUAAGAGAAACUAA